AUGUUCAGGCUACAAUGCGUCCGAGGCAUCAAGCUACUUUUCCGCGAGGAUGCGAUUGAGCGCGGCAUCCACUUCGGACGAGAGGGCACCUGGUCGAAACGAUGCAAACGAAUCAAGAAGCCACCGAUCCUCGAAUUAGACAACGAUUUCACCGGAGUUCCCCUGGAUCAAUACUACGGAAAAUGGAUAUGGUUGAAUACAACAUACAACGAUUUCACCGGCGAACCAGAUAAUUGGGAGGAUGGCGAGAAUGACGCGGGAUUAACAUCGACCGUCGACAGUGGCUCUGGUCGUUGGGUGCUCGCACUCGGACAGCACGAACAACAGCAACAACAAAUAAUCAAUCAAAUACCCAAGACAAGAUCACUCGGAAAUCCAUUGAGUUACUAUACGCACUCCGAGGCAUAUUUACUGGACUAUUUCAUCGGAGCCAUUGGACCAAAUUGCUCAUUGAGCUCGUCGCAAAACCCAUACAUGUCGCUGAUCCCGUUACUCUCAUACACGACGUUCCGAAAUACCAUCCUUGCCGUAUCGGCAAACCAACUGACCUUGCUGGGCGACACGAGAUAUUCCCGAGAGGCAUGCAUGUAUAAACAAAAGGCGUUGACGGGCUUGACGCAAGUUGAUGGGACAAGCACACCGCAUUUUGGCGUAGUGGCUUCUGUGAUGAUGCUAUGUUUUCACGACAUCUCGGAUAAUUGUUCGCCUUCGUGGGUUACCCAUCUACGCGGAGGGCUCGAUAUGACACAGUAUCUCCCCACGGGGUCGGCGCAAAUGGAGUCUCUGAAACGGUUCUUUAAUAUGUAUUUCGUUGCGCAUGAUAUAAUGAGCCGUACGGCGCCGCUUGACUAUGAAGAUGAGCCGGAACAUGAAUGGUUGGAGAAUGACGAUCUGGAUGAGGUUGACACAACUGUUGGCUGCUCUCGUCGUCUAAUGACACUCGUCAGUCAGACAUCUAGUCUGGCUCGUCAGAGGCGCAAGGUGAAAGACACGGACAGUGACUUCAUCAAAAAAUGCGAAGACGUCGGAAUGGGACUGGAAAGUCUACAUCAAAAAUUGCCUGCAGGAACAUCGCCCACGGAAAGCUUCAUUCUACAAAUUGCUGAAAUCAAACGUUUGAGUGCAUUGCUGUAUUUCACAGAAAAUCUCGGUGAUCUGGUCUCAUCGUCGUCGCUAUCAUCGGCAGCUGUCACUUACAGUGCUCUUGCGCACCGACAAGGUCUGGCUGGGAGCAACAACACUCACUUCUCAGUCGAUUAUCUCAUCAAAGCGGAGUCGGUUCUCUCAAUCGUCGUUUUGGGUGAUAUACAGCUGCUUAACAUCCAGGUUCUGGUAGGAAUGGUAUUACUCCAUCAAGAAUCGCAAGAUCUCCAACAGGCAAUGAUAUUGAUUGCUACAACAAUGCGUCUCGCUCACAAGAUCGGUCUACAUAACCGUGUCUCCUCGGAGCUUCUAGAUCCUAUAAAUGCGAGAGAAAGAGCAUGCGUUUUUUGGAUGGCGUAUAUUCUCGACAAAGAUCUUAGCAUGCGGUCGAAAAUGCCAUCAAUCCAGCUUGAUGACGACAUUGACCUCGACCUGCCUUCUCAAGAAGAUGACGAGAAUCAGAUUGAUGAUGGAUAUGGGAAUAAUAAUACUAAUAUAUGUGUAGGUGUAAUUACUACCAUCGACGGAAAUGUGAAGAUGAAUUACUUUGUAACUCGCAUCCAGCUGGCUGUUAUUGAAGGGGGCGUCUAUGACUAUCUAUACUCAACGCGCUCCCAAAAACGCAAUGCAGAAGAGCGAUCUCACGCGCUAGAGAGUGUAGCCCGUGCUCUUGCUACGUGGAAAGCUUCUAUACCGCUCGAGUUCAGUGCCUCCAUGGCCCUAGAAAGAGUGACUAAUGAUAUUCUCCGAUACGUUGGAGUCUUGCACGCUACCAGUAUGUUGUGCACAAAUAUGCUGAACCAGGCAAAUGCUUGGAACUCUCAAUGGGUGGGAAGUAUACGAAAAUACGCAAAGGAUGGCACAGUGCCCACCCUUCCGUCUCCAUGGGAUGAAUUGGUGGAUGAAGCGCGUGAUCUGGCUGUCUUGCUUAGGGCUCUGCCCGCACCGGAUCGAUGGAACUUCUGGAUAAUGGGCUGCUCCGAUAUGGCAUCUAUGAUGCUGUUGACGGUAAAUGGCAUGCAAAGGCCCCAGAAGGAUACGCUGUCCUUGGAUGAGCAACUGAUUGAAGCUGGUUUGAGAAUACUCGACAAGGUUUAUCCUUAUCCUUAUCCAAAGCCUCAAAACUCAAACUAUAUUUUAACCAUGGCCGUCGUCGGAACAUUCAUCCUAGCACAGGGCCUCCUCUGGUCUCUGGCAUACGGCGAUGCUUCGAACUUGAACCCUAACGGCGAAGGCUGUGUCGACCCAAGUGGCUAUCUCCAAUGUUAUCAGAACAAUAUUGAUCAACUUAGUUCAUGCAUGGAAGAAGUACAGAAGACCUGUUCAGCAGAUACACUCACGGAGUGCGAGUUGGGCUGUGGAGAUGCUCAGUUGGCUGCGAAUAUCGGCUGUUGGCUGACGAGUUGCUGGAACCAGGUUUACUCGUGUGCUUAUCAAGAAACUGUGCUUCAAUAUCUCACUGGUGCAGAUCUAGAACAAGGCCCGACACCUGUUCCCUAUUAUCCUGCACCAGAUAAUGCCCCUGGCGGAUGUGUGUGCAAUCUAGGUUACAUCUGGGGGAACUUCACCGUGACUUAUGCCAACCAAAACCCUUGUUCGUCCUAUAACAUAGUUUCUGCUGGUGUUGGUGCCGAGGCUAGCUGUCAGUGCUGUUGGGAUUCAUCUAUUAUGUCAGAUAUUGUCGAGCUGUGCCCCCAUAAUGACCUCUCCGAUCUCGACAUCGGCCUAAUGCUUGAUACCUUUGAGUCUGGUUACAACAAUUCAGCUUCUGAUCAAUGCUCUAUCCUCGCGGAUGGUGGACAGUGUGUUAGCUCAUUUGGCAUCGACACAGUCGCAAGUACAUGGUACAACCCAGGUCAACUUCCCUCAGGCUAUCCCGGAACGGCGCCACUUUCAGACACCACUGCAGGUGGCAGUCUCACAAGUGCUCCGGCUCCUUACACAUAUUCUAUCUUCCCAAGUUAUAUAUCCGUCAUUACGCCGGCUCCAUAUAAUGCCAAAAAUGCCGCAGGAACAGGAACUGUUAUCGAAACUUCUUCCGCUACUGGAACCCCUGCUGCUGGAACCUCCGCCACCGGGACCUCUACUACUGGGGCCUCUACUACUGGGGCCUCUAAAACUACAACAGGCUCCACGACUGGUGCUGUGAGCUCUUCUACAGGGCAGAAGGGCGCUGCAAACAACCUUUUAUCUCAGAUCAGCUUUGGUUAUGGAGUCUGGGGUCUAGCUAUACAGAUGUUUGCUGGUGCUCUUUUGUCUAUCGCCAAUUUGAGUCGGACUGACGCAAAGAUGGGUAGCGACACCGAGCUUUACCCAGGGGAUAAAUACUUUGAAUCCUUCACCAAGAUAUGGCACAACAAACCUUACCCCCAAAUCUCGCCCCUCCGCUCUGAGUUACAGGUCUCUGGGAGUGUAGUCUUCAUCACGGGCGGCGGUACUGGCAUCGGCAAGGCCACUGCGAUCGCCUUCGCGCAGGCCGGUGCCAGAGUCAUCGCGAUCUUUGGGCGCCGUAUUGAUAGACUACAAUCCGCUGCUGAAGAGAUCUACAAAGCCAACCCGAAUGGGACAACUGAGGUGGUUUUUGAAAGCGUCGAUUUGACCCAGCGUAUGGCUUUAGAUGCUGCCUUCGCCAGUGCCAUCAAGCAUGCUGGAGGAUCCAAUAUUGACAUCUUCAUACACAACGCCGGCAUCCUCCAGACGCCCGGAGUUGUCGCCGGCUAUGAUGAGAAUGAGUACCGCAAAGGCCUAGAGCUGAAUAUGGUUGGCGCUUUUAACACGGUUCAAGCGAUGUUUCCUUUACUGGCGCCCAAAGCUAAGGUGUUCAACAUCUCAUCGUGCAUUUCACACAUCAGUGUUAUGCCUGGUUCCUGGGCCUAUGCAGCAACCAAGAUUGCAAAUACGAAGAUGUUCGACUACCUGCAGAUCGAAAAUCCGGAUUUACAUAUUGUUAAUGUUCAUCCUGGCGUCGUGAACACCGAGAUCAAUGCCAAUACAGAGCUAGCAGGCGUGGGGGUAGACGAAGUCGAGCUCCCCGCUCAUUUUCUCGUUUGGCUUGCGUCUCAUGAGGCCGAAUUUCUCAAGGGGAAGUUUGUAUGGGUCAAUUGGGAUGUGGAUGAAUUGAAGGCUCGUGCGAACGAUAUAAAGCACUCGCGAAUACUGAAAAUAUUGCUUAAUGGUGUGCCAUUGUAG